ACAAACACAUCCUGGUUACAAAGAUGAUGACCUGGUCUGACGGUCAGGCUUACUGCAGGUCCAUGUACACCGACCUGAGCAGCAUCAGGAAUCAGGAGGACAUCCAGCAGAUCCUCAGUCUGGUGCAGAAUGACACUGAUUCUCUGACAAGUCGGGAAAGCAGUCAGGAAAGCGGUCAGGACGGCGGUCAGGACGGCGGUCAGGACAGCGGUCAGGACAGCCGUCAGGACAGCGGUCAGGACAGCGGUCAGGACAGCGGUCAGGACAGCGGUGAGAACAGGGUUGAGAUCAACAAAAAGGACAUCAAUGAUGGCGGGGGUGGUGGCACUAACAGAAACACAAUCGAACCCGCCAUGUGGAUCGGUUUGCACAGAUACUUCUGGAUUUGGUCCGACGGGACCGAGGCCUCCUUCACGCAGUGGGGGGCUUUUCAGUCUGAUGAUGUUUUUGCAGACUGUGGGAAGGUAGACUCGACAGCUAACUGGUUCCGUGCCGUCUGCAGUGAGAAACACUUCUUCCUCUGCCAAUCAGUUCAAAGACUGUCAGUGGUGAGGACGGUGAAGGUCCGGCUUAGCGGAGGAUCUGCAGACCUGAACGACCCGACGCUGCAGAGCUCCAUCCUGCAGCAGCUGAAGCAGAGACUGGAGGAGGCAGGGAUCAGAGAGGAGAUGAAGCUGCGAUGGAGGACGCAGCCUGAUGGGAAGGUUUUCCACCGAGAGGAGGAGGAGAAGGAGAAAGCGCCUCCUGCUGGCCAGGAGGAUGAAACAGUCUGUGAACAUUUAGUUUGGAAACCAGGGAUGAAAUGAAGAUCUGUUACUGGUUUUACUGGCUAACAUCCAACACCAUUUAUGAUUUAUGAUUCAGUUUGUGAUGGUGUUUCCUACAGAUUUGUGUCAAAGAAAAGUGUGUUUUUGAUUAAAGAUAGUUUCUUCUUCUUCAUGUUUGAACUGUGUAAUCUGUAGUGUUCCUGUUCUGUUACAGCAGCAGAAGUGUUGUUUAGAAAGAGGGAAAAAUUAACAUUCAAUUCAAUCAACAUUAUUACUAAUACAUUAAUCUUACAUACAAUCCUUACAUAGCCUCCAGCUAAAACCGUGACCUCAUCAUGGCGUUGACACUAAAAGGGUCUAUUUCAUUCUGUAAAGUCUCUGAAACACAAACUGUUAUCUUUUGUUUUUCGGUGUUUUCUAACAAAUAAUUCACACAUUUGUUGGUUCAUUAUAUCAAAAGUGAAGAUGAGUUUAUUCACAAAGAGAACAUAAAUAUUAAACAGUUUCAUCAGAACGGAGAUGAUUAAAACAUUCAGACUGAAUAUAGAAGUCAGGUGUUAUUAUCAGAACAGUUUCAUUAGUGAGAUGAACAUAAAAUAAAAAUGUAAAAUAGUUUUAAAGGCUGAAGUGACUCCAGAGACCA